CCAUGUGCUCCAUGAACAAUCCAAACUGGGUGACCUUCGAGGAUGAGGGUACUAUAUCUACGACCCCUUCUUUGGCCUCCUUGAAGAUCCCAGGGAGUGGGACAAAGUUGGCCUUAACACCCCUGAAGUCACCAGGGGCAAAGACAGGGUCACUCCCUUCCUUUGCCUCUACAGCCCUGAAGACACCCCCAGGUAGUGUGACAAUGACAGGGUUAAAAACAGUCCCCCGUCCCAAUGGCCUAAAGCUGGUACUCCCCCCAGUGGGAGAUCCAUCCUGGAGCUUCAGCAGUUCCCUUGAAUUCAGCUCCCCUCCAAUGCACUUUAACAUCAACGGAAGUUCCUGUGUGCCCUGCAACACUCCUCUCUGCACUCCGGUGAGGGAGGCUCCUCCUAGCGGUGCAUUACCUUUCCAUUGCAGGUGCUGGGAUCAGCACGACUUCUUCCGUAGUUUCUCCAGUUCAUCCUCUGCCUCUGCCACCAUACCUUCUUCUUCUCCUCCCCCAGGCCUAGACCAGGCCACCCCCACUGGCACCACCCCACAUCCCCAGAGUGACAUCUCUGUCUCCGAUGGCCCCGGUCCCUUCCCUUCCUUCCAGGGGGACCCGGGACAUUUCAACCAGUUCUGGGAGGGGGCUGGUGGGCAUAGCAUGGACUCUGGGAGCUCCUCUUCUGACUCUGAGUCUGGAGGUUCUAGUCUGCCUCGCUUCUUCAUCAAGCCGAAUGACGGCAACGAGCGUCCUCGACCAGACGACUUCCAGAGCUCCUACUCCUACAUCUGCCACAAACUGGAGGGCCUGCGGGCUGAGGAAGACCAUGAUACAGAGGAAGGAGUAGUGGUGGAUAGAGGGGAGAGGAGAGGAGUGAGAGACAGGGAGGACGUCAGGGAGGGACCAUCGGCAGCCUUCGUCUCUCACAGUCUGUUCCGUAGCGAGAAGAGAGACGGCUGGUCUUUAAUGCUGAGGAUCCCGGAGAAGAAAAACCGAAUGUCGUCCCGACAGUGGGGCCCCAUUUACCUGCGUCUGCUGUCUGGAGGGGUGCUCCAGAUGUACUAUGAGAAAGGACUGGAGAAGCCCUUCAAAGAGUUCCAGCUGCAGCCUCACUGCAGGUUGUCAGAUCUCAAGCUGGAGAGCAACGGAGAGCCUCGCAAGAUCCAGACAGUGAAGGUGGAAUACGUGUCUUACACAGAGAAGAAGCGCUACCACCCUAAGGUAAGAGGGGCAGACACAAUUUGUUUUUAAAUCACGUUUAAAAAACACCUUUUUAUUAUUGUUAUAGAUAUCAUCGUAUUGUUUUACUGUGUGUUGCGAUUUUAAAUACAUCAAGUCUGAUUUGAUUUGAAGCUGGAGGUGUCCCACGAGGCCGAGGUGGAGCAGCUGCUGAAGUUUGGAACCACGGAACACUGCGACAUGGAGGACCUGUUAGAGACCAUGGAGGAGGAGAUUCUCAGGCUGGCUCCGCCCCUGUCGCAAAAACGGCCCUACGAGGAACAGGAAAUGACACUGCAGAUCACAGACCACCUCUGGGUGCAGCUGGACAAAGUACAUUCACUUCAUCUUUCACUACCAUACAACUACUGUAAGAUAGCACACACAUUCUCUUCAGGAAAUGUACCUUUGUUAGUGUAGUUCAUUGUUAUUUCAGCAUUAUUACAGGUAUUACAGGUCAUUAUUAAAAACUGAUGAAUUACUUGCUGUUACUUAUUAUAUAAAACAUUGAUAGCCUAAAUAAGAAGGUUAUACAUUUCUAUGAAUGUCUUUUUGCUAAAAUCUUUCACAAAAAGUAUUCCUUACCUCCUAUUUUGACAUAUUGCUCCUUGGGGAUCAUUUUUUGCCACUCGACCUCUCAAUGACUAAAAUCUUAAAAUACAUUUUUCAAGGAUGGUGUGGUGAUGGACAGGGCAGCCAUGACGAGGAUCUACUGCCUGGCGUUCCUCAACGGACCAGGGGAGUGCUUCCUGGCUCUCAACGACCUGGGGCUCCUCCGCUUCGACGCCAGCUACGGCUCUGGCUCUGAGGAGGUUGGGUAUUAGUUUCUUAACACACAUAUCAACACAAACAUACAAUUUAACUUGCAUAUCAAAAGACAACACGAUUAGUAGAAUCAUCCAGGAUGACACAAAUAAGUCAAGACUUAGGUCUAUUUCCAUUCUGGUCCUCUAAUUUCCAUUGUGGUCUUUUAGGACGACCUCCUGGAGGGCUGGAUGGAGAUCAGCGACUGCCACUUCCACAAGUGCAUCAAUGGCCUGGAGUUCCACAGGUCCCGGCUGCUCAAGUUCUCUCCUCCGGACGCCUGUAGAGUAGAGCUGAUGCGCUACAAGACGUUAGCCCUGGGAUGUACAGAGUUACCGUUCUCCGUCAAAGCCGUGGUGACUGUCCAAGGGGCCUACGUGGAACUCCAAGCCUUUCUCAACAUGUCAGCCGCCUUCCCGUCAUUUACCGGAGUGUCGGAGACUGAACCGCUCUGCGAGAAUGUUCUGAUCCGUGUGCCGGUACCGGCGGACUGGGUCAAGGUGUCGCGCACUGUGACGUUGCUACGACGGAAGUCACUGACAGCCAGGAUGAACCGGAACGUGUGUCUGGGGUCGGUCAGUGCUGUGGAGUCACAGCCGGUCAUGCAGGUUACUGUGGGGACAGUCAAGUAUGAGAAUGUGUACUCAGCCAUGGUGUGGAGGAUUGACAGACUGCCUGCUAAGAACAUGGGUAAGGACUAAGAGGAAGAGUCUGGCUGUCUUUGAUGAUCGAUUGAUGAUGGAGGUCUAUUGAUAAUCUCUUUUUGUAUGGAAUGCUGGCUUAUUCUGACUUGGCUUUAUUUUACAUGUUACAUUUACAACUUACUGAAAUAUGUUUCAAUAUAAGCUAUGUUCAAAUGUAACUUAUGUUCCCUAAUCAGUUUAGCUAAAAUACAUAAACUCUUUAUAGUAUUAUGGUUUUUUAUACUACAGCUUGGCUAAAUAAAUACUAAAUUCUGUUGUUUGCAUUGUGCCAGAGGAUGGAGACCUGUAUCUUUCAGAUUCUGCUCAUAGUGCUCCCCCAAGUGCUAGGAAUUGUUAACUACACAUGAUCAAUUUUCCCUCUCACAGCAGUAGAAACUCCCCAAACCUUCUCCUGUAAGUUAGAGCUCGGUUCGGAUCAGGAGAUCCCCACUGACUGGUAUCCGUUUGUCACGAUGGAGUGUGAGAUGGUGGGGGCCGUGGUCUCACAGACCAGAGUGACGUCACUGGGCACAGACAGUGACGUUCAGCCUCAGAAACAUGUCACCAGUAGGACCCACUAUCAUUGUCAGGUAAGGCCUGAGAUAUUAUUAUAUUAGAUAACAAGUUUAAUAUCUAUAAUGUUUUGUAUUUAUAAUGCUGUUUAAUAUCUAUAAUGCUGCUGUUGAUCUUAUUUUUGGUCGUUUCUAUUUUGAUCUAUUUUUGUUAGUUCCCAAGCAGAAUCUAGCUUUGCGAUUAAUAAGGGUACUGGGUAUAUAUUUCAGCCAACACAAAAUGUUGUCUAAAAUUCCGUAGUUAUUACUGUGACACCAGCUGACAAAGCUGGUCCCAUACUGCAUGUGCUGUCGUGUAGCAAACUCUUCUAUCGUUCUCCUGCCCCACUGGGCACACACUGGUUGAAUCAACGUUGUUUCCACGUCAUUUCAAUGAAAUGAUGUUGAACCAACGCGGGAAUAGAUGUUGAAUUGACGUCUGUGGCCAUAGUGGUUAUUCCAUAAUGAAACUGAACCGUAUCGGUCUGUCCUUUUUAUAGGUGGAAAUUGAGAAGAAGUGGAUUGAGACAGAAGCACAGAGGCAAUCAGGCUGCACAACACAGUAAUGAUGAUCAUCAAGGAAGUCUUACAGGAUCAAGUCUCACAUUACCAUACUCCCAAGUCUCAUUCGUCGUGAGGAAGCCUUGAAUCGAGACACAGGAUGCCUUGAUCCAAGACAUUUUGCCAACCGAACUCAUCCUCCCUGUUUCAAUACAAGGACAUAACCUACAUUUGGCUGAUGAAAACUUGUUUUUAUAUUGUGUGUUCUUUAUGUACAUCUUAUCACCUAUAAGCCUGACAUUCCAUAAUAUUGUUUGGCCCUGUUGUAACCCUGUGUAUGGUUAUUAACAUGUUGUAACCUAGCCUGGGUGCCAGACAUGACAAUUCUGUAAGGAGUUGGCAAGAGAGCAGAAAAAGACUGGCAGCCAGGCUAGGUGUAACCUACAUGGUAGAAUAGAAGUAGGCUACAACAAACUAAAAUAUUACUAUUGGAGGAACGAAGAACCCAACACAAAGCCCUACCAUCACAAUGCACUUUACAGUUCUCUCAGAAGAUUAUUCAUUGUGAAAUGACAGGAGGUUGCAGAAGCUCUCUUUAUAAAAUAGGAAAUAACUUGUAACCUUGUAGACUUGCAUUUAACACACUCACAGGGCCGGUUUCCCGGUCACAGAUUAGGCUAAACCUUGUCCUGGACAAAAAAGCACUUUCAAUGGAGAUUGUCAUUGUGAUUGCAUUUUAGUCCAGGACAAGGCUCAAUCUGUGUCUGAGAAACUGCCCCAUUGUGUUUAGGCCUAUUUCCAAUAACUAUUUGGAAUGUAUUUUCAAUGAAGGAAAAAUUGGGUUGAUCCCCUAAUUUGUUGUUUAGCUAGCUGACCAUGGCCUUUUUGAACAACUAAGCAUGUGCACUCAUCUCUUAUUUUCCCAUAGGUCAAUAUCAUUGAUUUAUGGUUAUAUAACCCUAGGGAUGCAGGAAUGGUCUGCAUUCACACAAAUAAAACGAUAUAACUAAAAGUAUUAAACGUAUUGUAUGUGUAUAUGACUUCAGUGCUAGUUAUAAGUAAAACAAAUUAAAGAAAUUUGUUUUUUAUGCAUGCGUUCGUGUGAAGAGGGGAGGGGUAGAACAAAUGUAGAGGUCAAAUGUCACACACCUGUGUUGGCGUGGACAGUCUGCAGUUUGAAGUAGCUAGCUAGCUGUUUGUAGUUAAUUAAACCAAGGUCUGCUGUAUCAAUGUACAUCUAGGAAAGAAAGACCAAAACCACAGAUGUGUUCAUAUUGAAAUAGAUCAUUCCCGUCAAUAUUUUCCGUUUGUGUGCUGUCAUCUGCCUAACUAACUAACUAGCUAGCUAGCUAUCUUGCUUACCUCGCGCUAGCUUGCCAGACCAAGGCAGCCGAUCAUCUUAGACCUUCAAAAUGCUAUCAAAUUCAAGUAAUGUGGUAAGGAACAAGUAGCCCAGAAACGGAUCAUUAUGUUGUUGUUUUGGUUAGUUAGUACCUUGAUAAUUUGUCACAACAUAGCCAUGUCACUAACUUUACUCUUCUUGAUUGCCAAACGGUCAAUUAGCCAAAUAGCUAACGUUAGCAACAACUAGUUAACUACAUACUGUUAACUAGCUAACUAAUGGUGCUUCCUUGUAUCCUCCUUGAAAACCCCUCCAGCCGAAGCUCUACCUGUCCAUCAUAGAUGAUGUGAUUGAGAGCAUGCGGGAGCUGUUUCUGGAUGAAGGACUGGAGGACCGUGUCCUUGAUGACCUGAGGCAGGUGAGUGGGACUUUACCUGGACCAAGGAUUUGAAAAAGCGCGAUCUUCUCCCCUAGUACAUAUCGACUCAAUAUCGCCAUCCUUUGGGAUACUUCUCCCAUUUCGCCAAGCUGACGUUAGUCCUCCCUGACUGGAAUGACUUCACUUUGUCACGCACAGUGGACUAAACUGCCAUCUUCACAAAAAAUAACUGCAAUCAUGGAAGUAUAUAAAUACUGCAGAAUAUACAGUAUCACAUUGAAGUGUGUAGUUUUGAAGACCUACAUGUUGAAAUCAAGAAAAGAGCAUAGGCCCUACUGCAGUAAUACUAUUGCUGUGUAACUGGAACUGCAAUCAUAUUUGAUAUGGCUUAUGUUCUGUCAAAUCAACUAACUAGCAAACCAACAUUUUAUUUAUUUAAUCUGUAGCUCUGGGAGUCAAAGAUUCUGCAGUCCAAAGCAGUGGAUGGCUUGGCCCUCAUGAAGAACACCAUCAGCUCAUCCAACUUUGUGCUGCAGCUCCCUCCAAACUAUGGACAGACUUUUACAAAACCUGCAGGUAGUAAGUUGGUCAUGUUUUUAUGUCCAAGGGUACUUUCCAAUUAUCUCCUUCCUCCCAAAGUGUGCACUUGUUCACUUCGCUUCACUGGAAAUAUGGUGGAAACUCCCUCCCAUGCCUCCACCAAUCCAAUGCUUUUAGAUUUGUUGGAAGAAGUGUAACAGUGUAAACUUCAGGAAAAUUAGGUAUUAUUGGGACGCACCCAAAGACUUCACCGCACCCAUUGCUAUCCAGGCCUAUGUCACAAAUCAAUGAGUUGAUUAUUAUUAUUAUAUUAUUAUUGAUCCACCAUAUAGGGUAAUGGUUGCAUUUUCUACACUGUGUGAGUGUUAUGAUUAGUUUCUCGGGUAUCAAAGAAUCAAGGAUGCAAGGAUAUACUUAGACACUUUGUAGACAGUUAAUGCAAAUGUUUAAUGAUCGGUACCGUGUUCAUUACAACAAUGAACAGAGCUUUGCCCUUGGUGUUACGAACUAACUUGAACAAAGAAGACACUCUACCUUAUAUACCCUUUAUUACCCUCUUCCUGGCAUACAUCUGGUAAGUCUCCAUGGGCACUCCCUGUCUUUGAUGUUCAUCACCCUUACCCCAAGUCAGUAUUCUGUCCAUCAAUCAUGCUGUCCUAAACAUCAGUAAUCUACUUUGACAUAAUGGAAUGUAGACUUUCUGUCUCCUAACCACUUAUCUAGUAACUCUAACCUGUUCCCCACGAUACUAUGACAUGACAUCAUUACACUAUAAAAACAUCAUAUCAGUGAGUUAAUCAGGCCAAUUGAUUAUUGAAUGCAGAUCGCUAUGCUACUUAUUUAAUUGAUUAGCCUAAUCAUUCCUUCCCUCUUUCUUCUUUCAUCCCCAGCCUCUAUGGUGAUCCCUGCAGGUCAACACAUCCAGAGUUUCACAGCUAAGGCAAGUUACACAAAACUGUCCUACAUUUGAAGUACUUAACUUUUGUUGUGCAUAAUAUCUGCAAACCGCUGUUUGGAAGAAGAGCUUACUGGUAGCCUGUAGACAAAAUAGCUUACUGGUAGCCUGUAGACAAAAUAGCUUACUGGUAGCCUGUAGACAAAAUAGCUUACUGGUAGCCUGUAGACAAAAUAGCUUGCUGGUAGAGGUAGAUUUACAAUUUAGUCCUUCAACUCAAGCUAGUAAGGUACGACAACCACAUAUCACUGUCAUAGUAUGUAAAACUUCCUUCAAAAUAUGUGUAUAAUGUUGGAGCCAAACACUGAUUGAUAUGUCAAGUUGUCAAUAAGGAGUUAAGAAGCUUGAUCAGAGCCAGGUCAGCACCAAUGAUCAGAGCCAGGUCAGCACCAAUGAUCAGAGCCAGGUCAGCACCAAUGAUCAGAGCCAGGUCAGCACCAAUGAUCAGAGCCAGGUCAGCACCAAUGAUCAGAGCCAGGUCAGUACCAAUGAUCAGAGCCAGGUCAGUACCAAUGAUUGUUUUGUGGCAGUAGUAGCCUAUUACAUCUGACUGAGAGCGCAGCCUUUACCGGCACUCUGGUUUAACCAGGCUGGCCUAUUCCUACUGACUCAGAACUAGGGAAACCACCUCCUUGACCUCGUGGUAAUGAUCACACCAGGAUAACACUCCUUUGGCUCCUUUAGCAGCAGUAGCUAUUAAACCCCACCGAGAGAUUGACCUGGGAGAACUUAUGUGGUUCUGUACACACCAGGUCUGGGAUGGCACUAUAUUAACCAUACAAAGGAUGGGGAGAUGGGGCACACUUUCAUUUAGGCCUAGAUAUGGGCAGAGCGCAGGAAGGUAGAAAGAAAGUCAGUCUCUAGAGCAUCCUGUUGUUGGGCAGCCUGGGUUGUCAGUCUCUAGAGCAUCCUGUUGUUGGGCAGCCUGGGUUGUCAGUCUCUAGAGCAUCCUGUUGGUGGGCGGCCUGGGUUGUCAGUCUCUAGAGCAUCCUGUUGUUGGGCGGCCUGGGUUGUCAGUCUCUAGAGCAUCCUGUUGUUGGGCAGCCUGGGUUGUCAGUCUCUAGAGCAUCCUGUUGUUGGGCAGCCUGGGUUGUCAGUCUCUAGAGCAUCCUGUUGGUGGGCGGCCUGGGUUGUCAGUCUCUAGAGCAUCCUGUUGUUGGGCAGCCUGGGUUGUCAGUCUAUAGAGCAUCCUGUUGGUGGGCGGCCUGGGUUGUCAGUCUCUAGAGCAUCCUGUUGGUGGGCAGCCUGGGUUGUCAGUCUCUAGAGCAUCCUGUUGGUGGGCAGCCUGGGUUGUCAGUCUCUAGAGCAUCCUGUUGGUGGGCAGCCUGGGUUGUCAGUCUCUAGAGCAUCCUGUUGGUGGGCGGCCUGGGUUGUCAGUCUCUAGAGCAUCCUGUUGGUGGGCAGCCUGGGUUGUCGGUCUCUAGAGCAUCCUGUUGGUGGGCGGCCUGGGUUGUCGGUCUCUAGAGCAUCCUGUUGGUGGGCAGCCUGGGUUGUCAGUCUCUAGAGCAUCCUGUAGGUGGGCGGCCUGGGUUGUCAGUCUCUAGAGCAUCCUGUAGGUGUUAUUGCGGGUGUAGUGAAAUGCUUGUGCUUCUAGCGCGACAGUGCAGUAAUAUCUAACAAGUAAUAUCUAACAAUUUCACAACAUAUUGGUGGGCGGCCUGGGUUGUCAGUCUCUAGAGCAGGGUUUCCAAAACUCGGUCCUCAUGACCCCAAGGGGUGCACGUUUUGGUUUUUGCCCUAGCACUACACAGCUAAUUAAAAGAAUAAACGAAUCAUCAAGAUUUGAUAAUUUCAUCAGCUGUGUAGUGUUAGGGCAAAAACCAAAACGUGCACCAUUUGGGGUCAUGAGGACCGAGUUUGGGAAACGCUGCUUUAGAGCAUCCUGUUUGUGGGAAGCCAGGGUUUUCCUUCUCCCAUCUGCCUCUCCUUUUCAGAGGGGUCUAAUUUCAUUUGUUAAGUAGCUACCUACAGCACAUUUGAGUACAUCAGAACAGUCCCAGUUGUUUGACUUUAGCAGGCCUAGUGGCAGGGAUCAUGUUGUAGAAGUCAUAUUGAGCUGAACAGGAUACUUUCUUACCUGUAUGAUGACCUACUACAGUAACUCUGUUUUUUGUAAGUCGCUCUGGAUAAGAGCGUCUGCUAAAUGACUUAAAUGUGAAUGUUUUAUGAAAUGAGUCAGGCUAAUUGUUAUGAGUUUUUAACACUAGAAGGGCCGAGGCAGUCAUUUUGACUGCAUAUUUAUUUAAAAUGGAAAUAUCUGCCAUUUUUAAAGUCAUGCCCCCCUCCGUCCUUAAGGUUUCCUAAAUAAGUCCAUUUAACACACAUUGUUAGAAUGUCUAUCACAAACUGAGUCUGUUAUAAGCUGUUUUAAGAGGACCUGUUGUUUUUAGACUUACAGUAUCUAUAUCUAGCGUUCACCUGGUCAGUCGGUCAUGGAAAGAGCAGUAAUGUUUUGUACACUCCGUUUUUUUUUUUACACACCUGAUAUGGUUCAUAUAUAGAAUGAAGGCCGGCACCAAUGAUCAGAGCCAUUACAUUUACAUUUAUAGUCAUUUAGCAGACGCUCUUAUCCAGAGCGACUUACAGGAGCAAUUAGGGUUAAGUGCCUUGCUCAAGGGCACAUCGACAGAUUUUUCACCUAGUUGGCUCUGGGAUUAGAACCAGCGACCUUUCGGUUACUGGCACAAGGCCGGCACCAAUGAUCAGAGCCAGGCCGGCACCAAUGAUCAGAGCCAGGCCGGCACCUAUGAUCAGAGCCAGGCCGGCACCAAUGAUCAGAGCCAGGCCGGCACCAAUGAUUGUUUUGUGGCAGUAAGUAAGCUGUUUUAAGUUUGGACACACAUACUUGUUCAAGGGUUUUUCUUUAUUUUUACUAUUUUUUACAUGGUAGAAUAAUAGUGAAGCUAUAAACUAUGAAAUAACACAUAUGGAAUCAUGUAGUAACCAAAAAAGUGUUAAACAAAUAAAAAUAUAUUUUAUAUUUGAGAUUCUUCAAAUAGCCACCCUUUGCCUUGAUGACAGCUUUGCACACUCUUGGCAUUCUCUCAACCAGCUUCAUGAGGUAGUCACUUGGAAUGCAUUUCAAUUAACAGGUGUGCCUUCUUAAAAGUUAAUUUGUGGAAUUUAUUUCCUUCUUAAUGCGUUUGAGCCAAUCAGUUGUGUUGUGACAAGGUAGUUGGUAAAAGACCAAGUCCAUAUUAUGGCAUGAACAGCUCAAAUAAGCAAAGAGGUCAGUCAAUACGGAACAUUUCAAGAACUUUGAAAGUUUCUUCAAGUGCAGUCGCGAAAACCAUCAAGCGCUAUGAUGAAACGGGGUCUCAUGAGGACCGCCACAGGAAAGGAAGAGCCAGAGUUACCUCUGCUGCAGAGGAUAAGUUCAUUACAGUUACCCGUCUCAGAAAUUUCAGCCCAAAUAAAUGCUUAACAGAGUUCAAGUCACAGACACAUCUCAACAUCAACUGUUCAGAGGGGACUGUGUGAAUCAGGCCUUCAUGGUCGAAUUGCUGUAAAGAAACCACUACUAAAGGACACCAAUAAGAAGAAGAGACCUGCUUGGGCCAAGAAACAUGAGCAAUGGACGUUAGACCGGUGGAAACUUGUCCUUUGGUCUGGAGUCCAAAUUUGAGAUUUUUAGUUCAAACUGCGGUGUCUUGGUGAGACGGGGUGUGGGUGAACAGAUGAUCUCCGCAUGUGUAGUUCCCACCGUAAAGAAUGGAGGAGGAGGUGUUAUGGUGUGUGAGUGCUUUGCUGGUGACAGUCAGUGAUUUAUUUAGAAUUCAAGGCACACUUAACCAGCAUGGCUACCACAGCAUUCUGCAGUGAUACGCCAUCCCAUCUGGUUUGGGCUUAGUGGGACUAUAAUUUGUUUUUCAACAGGACAAUGACCCAACACACCUCCAGGCUGUGUAAGGGCUAUUUUACCAAGAAGGAGAGUGAUGGAGUGCUGCAUCAGAUGACCUGGCCUCCACAAUCCCCCGACCUCAACCCAAUUGAGAUGGUUUGGGAUGAGUUUGACCGCAGAGUGAAGGAAAAGCAGCCAACAAGUGCUAAGCAUAUGUGGGAACUCCUUCAAGACGUUGCUACGACGGAAGUCACUGACAGCCAGGAUGAACCGGAACGUGUGUCUGGGUUCGGUCAGUGCUGUGGAGUCACAGCCGGUCAUGCAGGUUACCGUGGGGACAGUCAUGUAUGAGAAUGUGUACUCAGCCAUGUUGUGGAGGAUUGACAGACUGCCUGCUAAGUACAUGGGUAAAGAC